UAAGCACUUAUCCAAUUAGCGAAUUUAGCCAGCAAGUUCUGUUUGUGCAACCGUUGCGCUUCUCUGUAAUUUUACAAUCAGCUAAUGAAACAUCUCGUCAUACGACGCAAGUUAAUUAAAGACGAAGCCGCCGCCGAUGAGGGUAUAAGAAGGGUUGACCCAGCUGGUUUUUGUCUCGAGGGUCUUUCACCAUGCUGUACCCGGUUCGCAAAGGGCUGCCCUUUUACCACAACUUGCUGGUUCUUAAGCUCGCGGGUUAUUACCCGAAAAGCAGCAAUUAUAAUAAGAAGCUCUUUUUCUACUGUCUGGUCUGCUGGAUGUCCCUCUGGACCGGCACUCUGUGGAAUUUAAUCAUUCUUCUUUAUUUGAGCAUACAAAAUAAAAGUAGUCACGGAAUCACAGAGGCAAUGGGCUACUUGAUUGGCAACAGCAGCUUAGCGCUGAUUUGCCUGCAUUUCGCCUUGAAGCAUCAGGAUUGGUCGCAUUUGAUGGACGCUCUGAUAGAUUUUCAAAAAUAUGGCAAGCCACCGAAAUUCAACACAGUUCAGACAAAUGCAAGCAAAGUGGGGAUCACCUUCUUUAAAGUGCUCUUCUGUGCUGCAGUUAUGUAUUGCGUUCUGCAAGUGCUGUUGGAAGAAGAGUGCGAAAAAAAGCUAACUUUUGGGAAAACCAGUUGCGGAAUGUUGCUACCAACGUGGUUCCCUGCAUCACACGCAGAGAGCAAACUAGCAAAACGCUUAUUAUUAAUCUAUCAACUGUUGGCUUGUUGGGCAAUCGCCCCCUUUACCGUGAUAGUGUCGCUGGUGCUUCAGGCCAACGAAUUCAUAGCAUACCGAAUCGAUCAUUUAAAAAGUCUGCUGAGGAAAGUCGGCAGCAAUGAGAAUCCGGAUCUUCAGCUGCAUCACUUUCUGGCUUAUGUUCAAUAUCACCAUCAUAUAAUCAGAUUAUGCAGAAAGUUGAAUUAUGUGGCUAAAUACACAACUGGACAUGUAGCGCUGACUUUUGUAACAGUGGUGGCGUGUUUUGGGCAUCAUUCCAUUCAGGAAAAGAGCCUGCAGUCUCUCACCUAUCAGGCCACUUACGUCAUAUCUAUGUGCAUCUUGUGCUAUGCUGGGCAAAACAUGCAAGAUCAAAUGCGUAGCAUCGGAGACGCUUUGUACUCAAGCACCUGGUAUAAUUGCAGCCUUAAAGUACAGAAAAUGAUCCCAUUGGUCUUGCUCAGAACCCAACAACCCAUUGGCUUGGACGCUGUACCACUGGGAGUGUUCAACUAUAUGCUGAUGGUGAUGGUGCUGAAAACUACUUACUCCUAUAUGAGUUUCUUAUCCAGAACAAUCUAAGGCAGGGUUGCUUAAAAAUAGUUAAAAUAGUUAACAACACUCAGCCCUCAGAAAGGCACUGUAGAUUCACAAAUUUGCUGUUGUAAAACAAGUAGCUGCAAGAGCCAUGGCAUGAAUUAAAAAUCGCCUGCACAUUUACGGGGCAACACGCUAAAUUAAAA